CUCCUCCUCUCUCGCCUGCAGCCGAUCGUCCCCUCCCCCCACCCGUCGGGCUUCUCGGCGGCUACUGCAGAGGAUUCAGAGCCGAGUAGCUGAGGAGGAGGAGGCUCCCGUCCCUGCGCGCCACCCGCCACCCUACUGGACACGGGCGAGGGAGCGAGAGCGUCGCCGCUGUAGCCUCCAGAGAAGACAAGGGCAUCGCCGCCUGUCGUCGCCGCAACCUUUUUCGCCUGCAGCGGCUAGCCGGGUCUUGCUGGGUUGCUUGGACCAAGCUUGAACUUAUCCUUCUACCUCAACCUCCUGAGUCUCUAGGAUUACAGGAUCCUCAGUCUUCCACAAUGAACCCUGUUUACAGCCCCGUGCAGCCUGGGGCUCCUUAUGGCAACCCUAAGAACAUGGCCUACACGGACACAAGGUGGCCAUCUGCAAGCCAGGAAGACCUGUCACUAGAACCCAACCAUGCUGACAUCCUGAUAUGGACUUCCAGCCUCCAGAACUGUUACCCCACAGCCUACCCAGCAGCGGCCCCUGCCUACAAUCCCAGCCUGUACCCAACCAAUAGCCCCAGUUAUGCUCCAGAGUUUCAGUUCCUGCAUUCAGCUUAUGCCACUCUGCUGAUGAAACAGGCCUGGCCACAGAACUCGUCUUCCUGUGGCACUGAAGGCACCUUCCACCUCCCAGUGGACACCGGGACCGAGAACCGAACUUACCAAGCAUCCUCUGCGGCUUUCAGAUAUACUGCAGGGACUCCAUACAAGGUCCCACCGACCCAGAGUAAUACUGCUCCACCCCCCUACUCCCCAUCACCUAACCCCUAUCAGACGGCCAUGUAUCCAAUCAGAAGUGCCUACCCCCAGCAGAAUCUGUAUGCACAGGGAGCCUACUAUACCCAGCCGGUGUAUGCUGCUCAGCCCCAUGUCAUCCACCAUACCACGGUCGUCCAACCCAACAGCAUUCCCUCUGCCAUCUACCCAGCGCCUGUUGCUGCCCCCAGGACCAAUGGUGUGGCCAUGGGCAUGGUGGCAGGUACCACCAUGGCAAUGUCAGCAGGUACUCUGCUGACUACACCCCAGCACACCGCGAUUGGGGCACACCCUGUCUCCAUGCCAACAUACAGGGCCCAAGGAACCCCUGCGUACAGCUACGUGCCCCCACACUGGUAAAACCUUCAGCCCAUCCAAAUCUGGAGUCACACAUUGUAUGCAACUACUCAAGUCUUACACCGGUGCUGGAGCAGCUCCGUAGCAGCACCACCUCUAUUUUCAAGAAGAGACAACAGAAGUGCAAGGGUCACUUUAUGCAUCUUUAAUGAUUUUGGUUUUUAUUUUUGGUUUUUGUAAAAGCUGCUUUUUCUAAUCUCCUGCCUUUCCCCCAUUGCCCCUCUCUUAGCUGCUGCCCUUCCAGCUCUACCCCCUUCUACCUGAUCAGGCUACAUCCCCUCAGCACUUCUUUUCUCCCCAAGCAUCUUGUCCCCAGGAUCCCAGACUAGUGGCAAGCAGAGUGGGGUUUAUUGCAGUGGUUCAGCUGAAGGCUCAACUUCAUUUGAAGAAUAUAAACAGAUGUGGCCCUCAAGCACAGGGUCAGAACUCAGAGCUGUUGAGCAGGCCACAUCUCUGGGUAAUUGUUCUUUUUCUGUUUUUUUUGUUUUUUGUUUGUAAGCAAAAUUAGUUUAGGACAUUUCUACUCCUGACACAAAUGAAAUGUCUUCUGAGAACCAUUGCAGCAGACCAAGAACAAAAACCACCUGUUUAUGUAGGAGUGUUAUUAGCAGCUUCAUGAGAACCUGGGGAAACCAGAGUCUUUGGGAGA